AUGGGUCAGAAGCCGUCCAUCACAACUUUGCUCCGUCAGUGUAUAUAUAAUCAGGACACCGACGGUUUUCGAGCACUUAUCGGUGAGCACGAGAACGAAUUAAUACCCGGCUGUCUUGAGGACAAUAUUUUUGUUGAGGUAAUAACGAAGAAAUGUGAACCGGAGAUUGUUGACACUGUAGUGAAAUUGGCAAACGAGAAUCAGCUUGCAUCGUUGGUUGCUACGGCCGUUCUCUAUGAUCAUUCGCUACCACUGGGGCCUCUCUUCGGCAUGAUGAAGGAACGUGAGCGCACAAUAGAGGAACACCAACUGAAGUAUCUUUUCCUUACACUCUGCGAGCGAGGUCGGACGGAGGCAGUUCGUGUAUUUGUAGAGAACAAGUGUUAUGACCCUUCUGAUCCACGCCCCCUCCGGGCUGUGGUACGCGGGCAACUGAAGAAUCCCAACGUGGAUACCGACUUACUUAUGUUAGUUCUCUCCAGUCAUGCACCACAGCCGGAUGACGUUAAGUGUCUCAUCGAAACCUAUCUUGCCGAAGCAGAAAACGGUGAUGUGCGCAAAGUCGUUGAAAAGUGCUUGGUAGGUUUCCACCAAUAG